CCAGUGAUGGUGUCAGGAGUACAUCAUAAACUGAACACUGAACUUUGGAAACCUGAAUCCUUUCGGAAAGAGUUUGGUGAGCAGGAAGUGGACCUAGUUAAUUGUAGGACCAAUGAAAUCAUCACCGGAGCCACAGUGGGAGACUUCUGGGAUGGAUUUGAAGAUGUUCCCAAUCGUCUGAAAAAUGAUAAAGAACCAAUGGUGUUGAAACUUAAGGACUGGCCACCAGGAGAAGAUUUUAGAGACAUGAUGCCGUCCAGAUUUGAUGAUCUGAUGGCUAACAUUCCACUGCCUGAGUACACAAGGAGAGAUGGCAAACUGAACUUGGCCUCUAGGUUGCCAAACUACUUUGUUCGGCCAGACCUGGGUCCCAAGAUGUAUAAUGCUUAUG